GAAGUAGAGAUGCAACUUAAACAGAGACAAGAAGUCCUUCUCAGAAAACUGACCGAAGCUGAUUCUAAAAAUGAGAAAUUACAGAUCGAAAUUUUCGAACGUGAUCGACAAAUAGAAACAUUACUGACUCAAGUAGAAGCAGACAAGGAUCAAGCCGUGGCUUUUGAUGAUCUGAAGAAAACAAUGGAAACAACACGAGCACACUUACAAAACCAGUUCCGAACCAAAGAGAUGGAAAACAACCGUUUACAAGUACAAAUACGGAGUUUAGAAGAACAGCUGGAGCAAACCCGCGUGGAAGUAGAACAUCUCGAAGGAAUCAUGUCUGCAUCGAGAGAAAAAUCAGGAAGAGAAAAGGAAGCAUUGAAAAAAGCCGCAAGGGUCCAAAAAGAUCGAGUAGCCGAUAGAGAUAAAGAAGUGGAAUCUUUGAAACAGAAGCUCAAUGAAAAGGAAUUAGAUAUCCUGGAUCUUCGACGAAGCGAGUCCUUGGCUAAACAAGAGAAGGAGACAGCGGAGGCAGAGUGUUCGACUUUACGAAGUCGAAUCAGAGAACUUCAAGAUAUUAUCGAAAACACAGAGAAGGUAUCCCAGAGUAACACAGAACUACUAACUAGUAAACUGAGCACAAAAACACAAGAAGUCAACGCCAUUCGAACAGAAAACGAGCAGUUACGGGCAGACAUUGCUGCACUGGAAGAUCGCAUGCAUGACGAGGAACAGAGAGCAAUGAAUAAGAUCGAGAAGUAUCGACGAGAGGCCGAAGAAAGCAGGAACAGACUUUACGAUGUUGAACAAGACGCUCAGAGGAUGCAUCAAGAAUCGACUAUUGAAACAGAAAAGGCUAAACUGAAGAUGCAACAAAGAUUAUCUGAACUGGAACCUCUGGCUGAUCUACUGAAGAGUAAUGAGUUACGGCUGCAAGAUUCACAGGACAGACUGCUGUCUUACGAAAGACGAGCCAGCGAGCAUACCAAAUUGAUAGCAGAGCUCACACAGAAGAUUGAGUAUCAAACAGAUCAACUUGAGACCGUCAAAGAAAAAUACCGAAUGGCGCAGGACGAGUUACGAGGCUUCCAGUCCAAGUCUGACAUGCUGGACAAGAAAGCAACAGAAUCAGAAUAUCAAAACAGAGAACUUCUCGGGGUUUUGGGUAAAAAGGAGGAAACUUUGCAGCAUAAUCAGCAACGGCUAGAGGAUUUGAAGGCAGAGAAUAUUCGUCUGACGUCACAACUCGAGAUGUCCCUCGCCGAAGCGAGGAGACAAGCCGAACUUCAACGAGAGAAAACCAUUGCAAAGGAACGAGCUGCUCAAGCCAGAAUCACAGACCUCGAGACCCAGUUGAGCCGUGCUACGGCUAAUGCAGCAUCCAUGAAGAGAGCUAAAGAUGAGGCCGAGAGAAGAUUCAACUCCAAACUACACGACAUGAAGGACAGACUUGAACAAGCUAACAGUACAACAAGAAGCAUGCAGAAUUACGUAUCCUUUCUCAAGUCUUCGUACGCAGACGUCUUCGAUGAACUCGAGUCGCCACGGUGACCGAAACACUAGUGACAGAACGAUAAUUUAUUUUUAAAGCAUUUUAUUUUUAAACUUUUUUAAUUUUUAUUAUUACCUAGGUUUUUAGUUUUUAACUUCAUACUUCUGAUCUUAAAAUGUUACUGUAAGGCGGUUUUCGUAUGAGUGGAAAAGUUACGCCAAAUUCGUAGCUGUACUGUAUCUUACUGUUCCCUAAUUACGCGUUGUGAUUGGAUGAUUUACUGGAAGGAAGCCAUUUCAGCAUGUACCGUGUACGUGCUGUAAGUCAGUACCAUAUAUUACCCACUCAUACGAUAACCAUUCCUAUGGGAAGCCAUUUCAAUGUUACGGCAUGUCGUACCGUGUACGUGCUGUAAGUCUGUACCGUAUGUUUCCCACUUCAAUUCUAUUGUCAUGUCGUACCGUUUACGUACUUAAGGCAGUACCAUGUGUUUUCCACUCAUACGAUAACCAUUCUUAUGGCAAGCCAUUUCAAUGUCAUGGCAUGUCGUACCGUUUACGUACUUAAGUCAGUAUCGUAUGUUUCCCACUUAUACGAUAACAAUUCUUAUGGCAAGCCAUUUCAAUGUCAUGGCAUGUAGUACCGUUUACGUACUUAACUCAGUACCAUGUGUUUUCCACUCAUACGAUAACCAUUCUUAUGGGAAGCCAUUUCAAUGUUACGGCAUGUCGUACCGUGUACGUGUUGUAAGUCAGUACCAUAUGUCACCCACUCAUACGAUAACCAUUCUUAUGGGAAGCUAUUUCAAUGUUACGGCAUGUCGUACCAUUUGUUUUCCACUCGUGGGAACCGCUCAAACAUUUCGUCCUUGAUUUCCCCAUUUUUGUAGUUGUAAAAUAUUUUAUUUGUCGAUUAAAAAAGCAUGUCUCUUUUCUUACAUUCUAUCAA